UGUACCAAUUGUUGCAUACUUAGACCAUCUGGCCCUUUCUACACCAGUGGAUUUUUCCCAACUGAGCCUACUGUAGCAUUCUCCUACACUUGGACAGCUCCAAUUGCAUGGUUUGCAGCUUAAGCGUUACCUAUAUACAUUGUAUAUGUAGGAUAAUUACAUAUCUGUUGGCACAUUCUAGGAAUCGCACUGUGUCUGCCAUAAAUAUUUUAUGAACUUUCAACUUAAAUUGCACAGCAGACAGUUGAAUCAGGAAAAGGAUACAGACAUUUCAAGUGAUCUUAAUGUAAAUAGAUCUAACAACAUUACAUAAUUAUGGAGACAAAAAAUAGGAGAGAAACGGGAAACAAAGACCAGGUAAUCACACUCAGCGACUACACCUGGCUGGAGAGGAGUAAGACAAGGUUCACUUCAGGUGGGAAGAACCAGCUGGGGCUGAAGAAAGACGACCUGCUGUAUGAAGGAGGGAACGUGAGAGAAUCCCUGAGACGACUGCCCAGGAAUACGCUGGAGGAACGACAUCUCAGAGUGUGCAGGGCAGUCAACCUGCUUUUGAAGAAACAGGUACUGGUGCCUGAACAGUGGACCAAGUACAGCGAGGACCCCUACCUACAGCCUUACUUAGAGGAAGUGCAGCGUGAGAAAUCAGCUCAGAAGAAACCAGCCUUGUUCUGUGUGGAGAAAUGACACCAACAUGUACCAGUAUUCUACUUAAUUGGACUGCAGCAGAAUGUCUUAAAAAGUUAAAUGCUCAUCUCCUUUGUUUUUAAAAGAAUGAAACAAAAGCCUACACUGUAUAAUAUAAAUACUGUGUCAUUGUUUACUUGUCUUCCAUUGUUUUGAAAUAGCUUGCUUUGGUCAGUCAUAGGACUAGGUAAAAACUACUAGGUAGUCAGUGUAGCUUGGUUUGUGGCUUGGAGAACCCAUGCUUAGCACAUUUGAAUGUGAUAAAGACCUAGUUUCUUCACUUCACUACCAAAUAUAACAUUUGAGAUGGUAUUCCUGUAUUAAUUU